AUAUUUCCUUACCAUUUUGGAAAACAACAGAUAUACUCUAAAGAAUUAAGAUCACCUCUCGCUUGAUUCGAGCUCAAAACACAACAAUGGAGAUGUACUGUGUUGGAUGAUGGCUCGGGAUGCUUGUUUCAUUGUGUUUUGCUAAAAAAAAAAAUUAAAUAUUGACAAGUUAUUUGAAAAAGUAUUUUGAGCUCGGGGAACGUGGCCUCCCAUUUUUGGGGACAAAUCCGGCACUCCUGUGGUGAAGUCUGAGAUCAUAAAUAAUCAAGUUAGAGAUUCAAAUUCUACUAUUCCUGGAACUUCUUCUUGCUUUGGAGAUGACGGUUUCAGAAGCAAAUGCCAAAGGUGUUGCUGCAGGGUGUGUUCCGCGACAUCUACAUCGGCGCUACGGGUAUUUUGAGGAUGGCAAAUUACCCAGGCAGGACCAUAUUUUGGACAUUUAUUACUGGAACGAAAAAUUGACCGUGAAGCACCGUUGAAAAGAUCAGUAGACACGCCUUUUGCUGUUCAACGACGUGACAUCUUGAUAUGUGUUGGGCGAAGAUGAAUUCUAUAGUCUCGCCACCUCUAUUACCGCUUCUCAGUCGUCGAUCUAACAAUUUCAGCUUCCCUUUCUCGUCGAAGUAGACUUGACUAUAUAUUUUGAACAUGUAUUUUUGUGGUUAACAGCAGUUAAACGGAGCGUCGUAGGCCGAGUAUGUACCUGCAAGUAUCGCGGAAUGAAAUGGCAAGCCAAUUGAGUUCAAGAAUCGGGGGCAUGGCGAUUUCAAAACGGUCUGUAGAACUAGUACUAGCAUGGCUACUUGUGUUCGGAACAAUAGCAAAUGUAUCGUGCUGGAAAAAGGAGGAGUUUCGAAAUUGCAGGCAAACCCCUUUCUGCAAACAAGGACGAGCAAGAAAACCCCACAUAGCUUACCUCAAAGCCCUAGACGUUUCCCUCCAAGACGGAGCGCUAGCCGCCAGGCUCGAACACCAACAUUAUGUUUCCCCAGCCUUGAUGCUGGAAAUCUCCGUGUACCAGGACGGAAUUCUGCGUUUCAAGGUGGACGAAGAGGCGGCGGAAGGCAAAAGAAAGCGCUUUCAAGUUCCCGAUGUGCUGGUGGAAGAUGUGGAGAACAAUAAGCUGUGGCUGCAAAGAGUAAAACAAGAGAAUAAAGGCGGCGUUUUGUCAUCUGUAUUUUAUCUCGCCCCCGGAUAUGAGGGCGUCCUGCAACACGAUCCUUUUCAGGUUUAUGUUCGCAAAGGUAAGGAGCGUUUAAUCUCGUUUAACAGCAAGGGCCUUUUUCAUUUUGAACAUUUGAGACAAAAAAAUGAAGAGAAUUGGGAGGAAAGCUUUCGUGGCCAUACCGAUUCAAGGCCUCAUGGUCCCCAGUCUAUUAGUUUAGACGUGUCUUUUCAUGGAGCUAAAUUUGUGUAUGGAAUCCCCGAACAUGCUGCCGGUUUGACUCUGAAACCAACCAGAGGUCCCGAGGUCGAAUCCGAGCCCUACCGCUUGUUCAACCUCGAUGUGUUUGAGUACAUUUCGGAUUCCCCCUUUGGUCUCUAUGGUUCCGUUCCCUUUAUGAUCUCUCACGCCAAGGAGUCUACAACGGGCUUUUUCUGGCUUAAUGCAGCAGAGAUGCAAAUAGAUGUCAUGGCUCCUGGUUGGGAUGGGGAUCGCUUGGGGGCUGCGAUUGACACACACUGGAUGGCAGAAAGUGGUAUUGUCGAUGGGUUUUUUUUCUUAGGCCCCAAACCCAAGGAUGUGAUAAGGCAAUACACUAGUCUCACAGGGACUUCCACCAUGCCCCAGCAUUUUGCCACUGCGUAUCAUCAGUCCCGCUGGAAUUACAGGGACGAGGAAGAUGUGGCUUUGGUAGAUGCUAAAUUCGACGAGCUUGAUAUACCCUAUGAUGUUCUCUGGCUUGAUAUCGAGCACACUGAUGGGAAGAGAUAUUUUACUUGGGACAAGACACUCUUUCCCCACUCAGUGGAGAUGCAAAAUAAGCUCGCAGCCAAGGGUCGGCACCUGGUGACCAUUGUUGAUCCUCAUAUUAAGAGGGAUGAUGGGUUUCUACUGCACAAGGAGGCUGCUCGGAAAGGAUAUUAUGUCAAGGAUGCUUAUGGUAAGGACUAUGAUGGAUGGUGUUGGCCGGGUGCAUCAUCCUAUUUGGAUAUGUUGAAUCGAGAGAUAAGAUCGUGGUGGGCUGUCAAAUUUUCUCUGAGCAACUAUGGUGGCUCCACGCCUUCUUUGUACAUAUGGAAUGAUAUGAACGAGCCUUCUGUUUUUAAUGGUCCAGAGCUGACAAUGCCUAGAGAUGCUCUUCAUUAUGGUGAUGUUGAGCAUCGUGAUGUCCACAAUGCUUAUGGUUAUUACUUUCAUAUGGCUACGGCUGAUGGUCUUUUGAGACGAGGAGGUGGGAAUGAUAGGCCAUUUGUAUUAUCACGAUCAUUUUUUGCGGGAACCCAAAGGGUGGGUGCAGUUUGGACUGGAGAUAAUACAGCAGAAUGGGAGCAUUUGAAAGUUUCUGUUCCCAUGGUGUUGACUCUUGGUCUUGCAGGAAUUGCAUUUUCUGGUGCUGAUGUAGGCGGAUACUUUGGAAAUCCCGAGCCUGAAUUAUUACUUCGUUGGUAUCAAUUAGGUGCCUACUAUCCUUUCUUUAGAGGUCAUGCACAUCUUGAGUCGAAGAGGAGGGAGCCCUGGCUGUUUGGGGAUCGAAUGACCAAGCUGAUUCGAGAGGCAAUUCACAUUCGUUAUGCAUUGCUUCCAUAUUAUUACACACUAUUUAGAGAGGCUAGUGUUACUGGAGCUCCAGUCAUGCGUCCCCUGUGGAUGGAGUUCCCAAAUGAUAAAUUAACAUUUUCUAAUGAUGAGGCAUUUAUGGUUGGAGGCAGUAUGUUGGUCCAGGGUAUUUACAGCAAGGGAGCUACUUCCAUCACAGUCUAUUUGCCAGGUUCACAGUAUUGGUAUGACUUGAGAACUGGAGCUGUGUAUACUGGAGGUGAACACUAUAAGUUGGGUGUCUCUGAUGAGAGCAUACCUGCUUUCCAGAGAGGUGGGACUAUUAUUCCUCGCAAGGACAGAUUUCGGCGCAGCUCUACUCAAAUGACUGGGGAUCCUUACACACUAGUCAUAGCAUUAAAUCAAUCAUUGGAGGCCGAAGGUGAGCUCUAUGUGGAUGAUGGGAGGAGUUAUGAUUAUGAAAAGGGGGUGUAUAUCCAUCAACGGAUUGUUUUCUUAAAUGGUAGACUUACCUCUAUGAACCUUGCAUCUGAUGAGUCAAACAAGAAAACAUUAUCUUCAAACUGUAUUAUCGAGAGAAUCACAAUACUGGGUCUACAGUCAAAGAUCUCAGGAGGAACUGCUUUUGUCGAACCAUCAAAUCGAAGAGUUGCUAUUGAGUCUGGUCCACUUAUGCUGCGGCCAAGAUCAUACACUAGUGCAGUUAUUGUGAGGAAACCAAAUGUCAAGAUUGAUGAGGAUUGGUCAAUAAAAAUACUGUAGAGUGUAGACUAUUUGAUCUGGGUAUGAAACUAUGUUGGUCAAGAAUCUCUUUCUGACAAAAUCAACAAAUGCAAUUUUCCUCAUAAUUCAAAUGCAGAUUAUUUUCUUGUCAUGCCUUUA